AUGCUCGCCCCGCCUUCCGCACUCCGCAGGGUGGCGCGCCUACCAGGAGGACAACAGCCAGCGGCCCUCGGUGCAGGUCAUGACUGACUGGCACACCGCAAACGCCAAGAUUGCGUGGGGCUCUGCGGACGUGCCGCCGCUAACGGACAUGCUGAACACGGCCAAGGGCCUGCGGCCGCUGCCACGCGUCCGGGAGUAUUUCCGCGGCUACCGCCGGAAGAAGCUGGAGGCCAAGGUGGUAGGCGAGCCGCCGCUUCGCCGUGUGUCCGCUGGCCCCGUGAGCAAGCCGAGCUGCGCCGCCAAGCCCCGCGGCGGCCGCAUCGGCUCAAGCAGCAGUGAGGACGAGGGCUCUGGCUACGGCGCCGAGUCCGACACGACGGACAUAGAGGACGCGGUGCUUGCGGACCUGGUCGAAGACGUGGAGGAGGCCACGGGCGGUCAGCAGCAGCCCCAGCAGCCCGGCUUCCCGUCGCACCUGGCUGGCACCAGCGGCGGCGCACAGGAGUCGGAUCAGGAGGCGCUGUGCUACACGCCGCAGCCGGACGUGGAGGACUUCGGUGCGAGCCUGGCUCAUCAGGGCUCGUGGCUGCAGAGUGUACAGGAGGCCGCAUCCACCACGGCGCUGGACCCCGCCGGCUUGGGCUUCACACAGCCGCCGGCCGCGCACACAGGCGGCAGCCAUGCGCCCAGCCCGGCGGGCGCCGCCACCUCGCCGCCCAUGCCCUCCGCACCGACGUCCAUUGGGGCGGUGUGGCAGGCAGCUGCCUCCCGCUACUGGCAAUAUGUUCGCAAAACGUGGACGCACCACCUGUGCCUCGCCGCGGUUGCGGGCCGCCACGCACGGCACCCGGUGAAAGCAGCGACGGGGGCUGCGCCUCGCUAGCUAGCCUCGCUAGCUCUACCUUGUGUACAAUGGCUUCCUGUACCCAAUGGCUUGAAUAAUGGCUGCGCGCAGUCGGCGGGGGCCGGGAACGUGUGUUAACCAACUUGGCAAGACCCCCCCUGUUCUGAAACCUCCCCGCUCCGCAGCGCGAUGGCUCGCCCUUUGUGCAGAUUUUCCGCUUGAGGGGAAGUGCGCAGGCGAGGCUUCAGCGCUAGGGGCGUCGGUGUAGCCGAGGCUGGCUGUGAGCGCAAGGUGUUGGAUAGCGAUCACUGGAUUGACAGACGUGCACCAGAGCAUUCAAGCGGGGAAAGUUACAGCGUGCUGAGCUGGUAGGCGUGACGAGGCAGGAGACAGCACAAGUGUGCGCAGCGCGCGCAGGGGGGGGGGGCGGAAAUCCAAGUUAGUGCGUGUGUUUUGGGUGGGUGCAAACCUGGAUGCUGACACGCCCUGGCGCUGGUGCUGCGCUUCCUGCUGUUGCCUGUGCGUGCACUGCACUUGCUGUGCGACGUCAGCUAUGGACACACGCAGCAAGCAUCACCCCGCGCGCGCCACUGUUCCGCUGGAUUGCAUUUCUAUCUCUGGUAGUGCAUGUGGACAAUGCGCGCUCGCCCAUCUCGCUGACUCUGGGCGAAGCAAGCAGAUGUCGCGCACCCCGAGAGGCGUUUCAGGCGUCAGAUGGUGGACAUCAGCCACACUUUAAGCAGAAGCGAUGAUUACAGCCCCGCUUGGGGCGUGCAAGCGCGAAGUGUUGCAAAUGGGGACAGGGUCUGACGUCUCGCUGAGGGGCCUUGUGCGACGUGAGCUAACAGGCAGCUAAAGUUAGGCAAGCAAUAGAACAGGCCGUUUGCAAGAGAACUUUGCGCGCGCUCGUCCCGAAUGGCAGUCGUACUCAAUGGGGACCGGGGCCUUGAGACUGUGAGCGGGCUUGCCAAUCGAGGUUUAGGUGGAUACGACAUGCGGCGGCGGAGCUGACUUUGAAGGUAGACUGUUUGCACAUCAGCCAUGGUCGUGGUUGCCGCGCGAAUCAAGACGAGUGCCAUGCGGGCAGGUAUGCGAAGGCCAGGCCCCCAGACAACGCGACCUCUUGGCGACCAUGGAAGUCGAGGCUCACAGUUACUGAAUGGACGCCGGUGGGGCGACGAGCCUUGGCUGCCGGUGCACCCUCGGCAUCGUCCUCAGCUUUCCGCUUUGGCAUUCUCCGACAGGUGCUCGAGGCCGGCUACGGGAGAAUGGCAAAGAGGAAAGCGGAGCACGAUGCCGAGGGUGCACCGGCAGCCAAGGCUCGUCGCCCCAAUGGCUACUGGCUUCCGUUCAACACCUGUAAACCUUGGAGCCUUAUUAACUGUAAGGCUUACAGGUGUUGAAUGGACGCCAGUAGCCAUUCGGGCGACGAGCCUUGGCUGCCGGUGCACCCUCGGCAUCGUGCUCAGCUUUCCUCUUUGCCAUUCUCCCGUAGCCGGGCUCGAGCACCUGGACAUGCCAUGAAUACGCUUAGCUUUGUCCAAAGUGGUGUCACAGCAACGAAACCAGGGCCAGCAGGCACGGUCUUCGCGAGUCAGGGCUCGCUCGUCGCGGACAGGCGACGACCCUAAUAUCCUUGGCUCGCUCUUUCCACUCGAUAUCAAAUACUGCAGUGCAGCCAGCUUGUCGGACUCGGACUUAGCCUGUGCGUUUGCCUGUAGCUGCAAUUUCGGGACGGUGUGGGACUGUUCUGUCUCCGCAGCCUCGUUUGGUUCUACAGGUAUUCCUAUUCUUACAGUAUAUGCUGAAGGUCUGAUGCUGUGUGCUCACUGCGUCAAAUAGGCCUUCUGAAGAAUUGUAGUUGUGUGCACUCACUGAGUCGCGAUGUUGAGGAGUAGCUCC